AUGACGAGCCCGAACUCGCAGACAGAGGAACUAGACGAUGAAUACCUCCGCGUUAUCUCCAUCCAAGGCCGUGAGUAUCAGCAGUAUUCGAUCGAUAACAAGGUCUCGUUUGAACCGGUGGACGAAGAUGAAGCUGAGCGAUUGGAACUUCAGCAUCGUAUUCUCAGCAAAGUGUUUGAUAACCGCCUGGUCUUUCCUCCUAUCCCACGGCUUCGAAGGGUGCUAGACUGUGGAUAUGGCACCGGAGCUUGGGCCGUUGAUGUAGCAGAGCAAAAUCCUGACUGCGAGGUGAUUGGAAUCGACAUUUACCCUUUCAUGAACCCGGACGAUACACCGGAAAACCUCUGGCUCCAGAGUACUCAAGCCCGGGGGAUGGGUUCAACUGAUCGAAAUAUACUUCAAUGUCCAAUCAGACAACGGCUCCAUUACCGAGAACCACGCAUUGCGGCAAUGGAGCUCGCACCUCAUGAGGUCAAUGGAAGACAUCAAGGAUCUCAGGGUUGGGACCCGCUUGAAGACCUUGUUGACUGCAGCAGGGUUUACAGAAGUUGA